GCACACUUGUGAGCUAAGCCCCUCCCUAUUGUGCGCGUGCUGACUAUGGCGGAACGUCAAUCUACUGCCAAACCUAAUGAUUUAUUAUUGAGAGCGAAGAAAUUAUGGGAUGAAGACGACUUUGUAGAUGCUGAAAGAAUUUACCAUCAAUUACUUCAACUCUACCAAACAGCAGAACAUGAACCAAUAGAGAAAGCAGAAGCGCUCCAUAUGUUGGGUUUGUGUCUAUAUAACCAACAUAAAGUGAAUGACGCCUUAAAGUUUACGGAACAAUGUUUGUCUAUUGUACGAGAUAUUACACCUCAAGAUGAAGAGUUUCUGUCUGAUAUGUUACACACUAUGGGAUGGUAUCUAUACGAUAAGGGCAAGUAUGUAAGAGCAACAGAACAUCUAAGAGAGUCGCUCAACAUCCAGCGUAGAUUGUCUUCUGUGAACAAAGUCAUCAUGGCAGCAAGUGAGUAAGAGUGAUGUUGUGAGUUUGUAAGUGAAUGUAAUAUUGAGUGUUAGGUUUAUGAGUUUGUUAAUUAAUGAAGUAAUGUAGUGUUGCAGCUUGUGUAGAGUGUAAGAGAUGAGAGGAACACAUCAACGGGUCGUCAAGGAGGACACAUAGACAAAGAGAGAAGAAAAGUGAACUUAGACAUUGUGAAUUGAAGUCAAUGUCUUUAGUUAAGUGGAGGGAAGUGAUGAAAGUGGAGAAGCACGACUUUAGACGAGUCUUUGUGUUGCAUUUGUGAAUGUUAAUACAUACGGUCG